CACAGCCAAGCAGAGGGACAGUUUAAAUCGUCCCCGGUCCAGAGAUUGAGCGAGAGGGGAGGAGAGUGGAGGCUGGCAGCUCGCACUGGAGAUGGGCAGCACCGGAGGACUCUGCUCCAGUCCAAGGGCUUGGGGAUGUGGCUGGAAUGGCGCCCGACUCCUGUGCUUUGCCGCCAUUAGCUGGGGAGCUGCAGAAAAUACUGCUGCUGUCAUUGUGGUGAAUCAGACACCCCCUUCUAUCUGUGCAAUGGAAGGGUCAGAGUUCACCAUCGAGUGUACAUUCAACACAAGCAAUAAUUCAAUCAAGUGGUUUGCUGAAUGGUUUAAAACCAAAAACAAUUUAACAGCCAAGGUGAACAAUGGAACAGAUCGAAUCAUAUUAUCAGCAGAUAUAGAAAAGAGGUCUCUUUCCCUCACUGUGAAGAAAGCCGACGUCACUGAUUCUGGAACCUACGUAUGUUGGGUUGGGAGCAAAGAUGGGACAUAUCCUGGGACUGGAACCCAAGUGACCAUCGAUGGACAACCCAAAGCACCUGUGAAGUGCAAAAAAUUAUGCACUGAAUUUUCACGAAAAGAAAUACCCCAGAAACUGUUGAAGACCUAUAGGAAGACAGAACCAUCAUGUCCCAAAGCCGCUAUCAUCUUUGUCACUAAGAAGAAUAGAGAGUUCUGUGCAGACCCAGAGGCGAGCUGGGUGAAGGAAGCAGUCCGACAGCUAAACCAAGCAAGUGCCCCUCUGAAUCCGCCACUUUCAAGCACCGUCACUUCUGCAGUUGUGCAAGAAGGGGCAGGCGUUUUUCACAGAGUAGUUGGCGAUGCUGGCUCUAAACGUUUGCUUGCCCAUGUUGCAUGCACACCCGUUGAAAUUCCCAAGCUGAUGGUGAAUCAGACCCCAGCCAAUAUCCAGGAGUCAGAAGGGUCAGAUCUCACCAUGGAGUGUAGAUUCACAGAAUUGAAAAACCACAGGACCUUGUAUGUGAAAUGGUAUAAACAUAAUGGAACUGGGGGAACGAAGAAGGAGCUGAUGAGCGAAAGAGGCGGGGGCUCAGCAGCCCUGGAUUUGGAAAAGGGUUUUGCUUCGUUCACUCUGAAGAACGUGAAUGUAACCGAUACAGGAACCUACAUAUGUGAGGUGGGGAGCACAGCUAGGAACUGGUCUGUGUCAGGAGCCGGAACCCAAGUGACCAUCACUCCUGCUGUCAGUCGGACAAUAUGAGGAUCAGCUGUUACAGCGUACACCUGGAGAUGGAGCUCUCAGACACCUGUUACCCCGGCAUUCCCCCCAAGCACCGUGCUGACCAUCCUGCCUGCCAGAUUCUGUACCUGCAAAUAAACCUUGAACUGAAUGGAAGGGAGGGGAGGGGAUGCUGGAUAACUGGAAAGGGAGUUCACGGGUGUUCAUAUUAAAAAGACUCCUCCCUGACACCCCUCUUUGAGGCAGCAGAACCCGGUGAUCGCUGAUGGCUUAGGCAGUCUCAGUGGCAUCUGAGCCAUAGGAAAAUAUGAGAUGAACAUUUCUGUCACCUACAGAUUCCCCAUUGUGCUACCUAGCAAUCACUUUAGAGCAGGAGUGGGCAAACUGGCCUGCGGGCCAGAUCCGGCCCAUCCGGGCUUUCAAUCCAGCCUGCAGGAUUGCCAGCCCCAUGGCACAGUGGGGCUAAGGCAGGCUUCCUGCCUGCCCUGGCCCCACACCACUCCCAGAAGCAGC